ACUAAAGGGACGCCAUCAACCGAGUCAUCAACAGUUGUACCAGCCAUGUCGAACACAACAAGUUCGACCGCCAUCUUGAAAUAGAUCCGAUCGAGAGGGACUGAGAACAAAAUAUACAUCUGGAGCCCGCGUAAUUUUGACUAUMAACCAGCGGUAAUUGAAAAUGGCGGACGCACUCGGAAAAAAAGUUCUGAAGAUCCUUUGCAUACAUGGAUACAGACAAAAUACAAACACUUGCAGAGAAAAACUUGGAGCUUUCAGGAAAUGUGUUAAAAAAUUACCCUUAGAAUUUGUUUAUACCACUGCACCAAACAGAAUUCCUAGAACUAUAACUGGUGAGAUUGCAAGCCCUGAAGAAAAUGAGUGUGGAUGGUGGUUCUCCAGUCCAGAUGACUCCUAUGAUCCUUUGGCACCAACAGAGCUCUGCAAAGGAUUUGAGGAUUCUUUAGAGCUAAUAAAAAAGACAUUUAAAGAGCAAGGACCAUUUGAUGGUGUGUUUGGAUUCAGUCAAGGAGCAAGUUUUCUUUCAAUAAUAUGUGCUUUACGAGAUCAAGGUUUGUUUCAUUUUGAUUUUGCUAUCUUGGUGGCAUCAUUUAAGUCAAGAUCAUCUGCCCAUGAUGUUUACUAUCAGAAACCAAUAACUUGUCCAACACUUCAUGUUUAUGGAGACACAGAUAAAGUUAUCCCUAAAGAGAAUAGCGAAGAACUUGCAAAACUCUUUGUGGAUCCAGUAAUCUUAAACCACGCGGGAGGGCAUUUUGUUCCUGCAUCUUCCGCACAAAAAAAAGUUUAUUUAGAAUUUUUAGAGAAAUUUGUAUCGGCUAAAUAAAUUGUUUAGAAAGUUGU